AUGAAUCCCGAGAGAAAGAGCAUCCACAAUUACAAGUUUGUGGAACCUCACUUGGCUGUGUUGAGAGGACAAGGGGCACGUUUAGACCUGACUCACAAAGACGCCUUCAAGGAAGCAUAUGGUAACCUUCUGUGUAUUCUGAACACCGAGGUCAACAUCACCAUUGCGCACACCUUGGUGCAGUUCUACGAUCCACCACUAAGGUGCUUUACUUUCCAAGAUUACCAGCUAGUGCCGACAUUGGAAGAAUACUCUCAUAUUCUGGGUAUUAAGAUUAAGAACCAAGUGCCCUACAUCCGCACUAAGGAACUUCCUGAAUAUCGAGAACUUGCUGAAGCUCUGCAUAUGGGAAAUAAGGAAAUAGAAUUGAACCUGAAACCAAAGGGUGGAAUCCAUGGCUUCACCUUUAAGUUUCUCGUAGACAAAUCUAUCACCUUCGUUGAAGCUGGGAGUUGGAUGCCCUUCAACGCCCAUCUAGCUUUACUUAUCUAUGGGAUUAUCUUGUUUCUAAAUAUGGAGGAGCUCGUAGACUUGGCUGCUAUUCACAUCUUCUUGACUCAGAAUCCGAUUCCCACACUUCUUGCUGAUACUUACUAUUCAAUCCAUGUGAGAACCCAGAAGAAGAAAGGGAUUAUCGUUUGUUGCACCCCUUUGCUGUAUAUAUGGUUUAUUUCGCAUCUACCCAACAAAGGUCCUUUCAUUGAGAACAAAGAUAACUUGAAAAGGUCCCAGCGGAUCAUGUCCUUAAAAGCCGAAGACAUCCCUUGGUAUUCUCGAGUGUACGGUGGUGUCAAGCUAAUCCUCAAUUGUAGGGAUUUUCCUAAUGUAUCUCUUCUUGGUACAAAGGGAGGAAUCAACUACAACCUGAGGUUAGCAUUGCGGCAACUUGGAUAUCCUAUGGUGGACAAACCUGAUCUCGAAAGUGUAGAGGGUUUUGUUUUAUACGAAGGGGUCGAAGAGCCCGAGCUGAUCAAGAAAAAUGUCAAGGCCUGGGUCGAUUUGUCCUCAAGGAAGAGCAGAGAUGGGAAAGAAAAAUUGUAUCGCCAAGGAAGCUUACACCAGUUGGGUCAAGAGAAGAGUUAG